GCAUCAAUGUAAAGGGCUAAUUAUUGAAACAGGAUUAAAAAGAAUGAAAUGAAGAACGCGGGAUUAGAAAACGACGCUUCAGUCAUUCAUAUCAGUAAACUACAACAGUUACCUCCCUCAGAAAAUGGGUUAAUUCCCCUUAGCUUCUCUUCAUUCAAUGAAAAAACUCAAACGCCCGUUCCUUGUAUAAAACAACUGAUCCACAACGACACGGUGACUACAGACAUAGAUUCCACUUCUGUUUUAGUGGAUAACGUAAAAACAGCUAAUAUCGAUGUUGACAUCAAUGCGGGUGAUGAUCCACAAGGAUCUGUAUCCAGAUUUGAUAAAUACAAAAAAUGGAUAAAAUGGUGUAUAUAUGUUCUUCUGAUUCUCGGCUACUUCGUGUACUUUGGACUGGCACUAGCCUGGAACUUCAGACAAGCGAUUCCAGUUUUAGUGAUGACGUGUCUUGCCGUGGUGGUGGUUGCUAAACGGUUAGGGUACAGACUGUAUACAAGGAAUAGUUCAUCGGCGUUGUUUCUUAGAGUGUCCGAAACCAAGGCAGCUUUCAGUAAAGUGGCGGCGAAGUUUUCUGAUUUUCUCGAAAAGAGACCUGUUAAAAUAACAUGUUACGUCAUAACAGUAGGCGCCAUGUUGGCCUAUGUGGUUGUGAAAAACUAUCAAAAUUUGGACGACUUGAAGCCGGCCCUAGGUCUCUUCGUCAUUGUCUUCUUCAGCUGGCUUAUUUCAUAUGAUAGAUACAAGGUAAAAUGGCGCCCAGUGAUCUGGGGACUCGCCAUGCAGAUGGUGCUGGGUCUCGUCGUGUUGAGGACCGCUGUUGGUGCCAACGUCUUCAGCUUCCUGGGGCACCAGAUUGAAAUUUUUCUCAGCUACGUCAAUGCCGGUGUGCUGUUUGUCUUUGGGGAUAGGUACGAGGAUUUUUACUUCGCCUUCAAGCUGAUGCCAACAAUCAUCUUCAUGAGUUCCGUCAUCUCUGUGGCCUACUACCUUGGUGCCAUGCAGUGGGUCAUCCACGGCAUCUCCACCGUCAUGUCCUACACCAUGGGAACUACAGCAGCAGAAAGUACCAGCACAGCUGCCUGUAUCUUCCUGGGGCAGCCUGAAGCAUCUCUGACCAUCAAACCGUUUCUCCAUCUUAUGACGAGAUCUGAGCUCUUCGCAAUCUUGACUGCAGGCUUCGCUUCCGUCACGGCUGACGUUUUUUCAUUGUUUGUUAAUUAUGGAAUGUCAUCCUCUGACAUUAUCACAGCCGUGCUGAUGUCAGCUCCAGCUGGUAUAGCCGUGUCCAAGCUCAUCUGUCCAGAGACGGAGGUCACGCUGACCGGGUCACACAAACAGAUACGAGCCACGGAAAACACCAAGGCCCAAAACGUCAUCGACGCUGCCAUCACGGGGGCCCAAGACGCCGUGGGAAUCAUCGUAGCUGUCCUCGCCACCAUCAUCGCCUUCCUCAGCAUCUUCGCUUUCCUCAACGCUGUCGUCUCUUACUUAGGGAGCCUCGUCAACAUCCAAGGCUUGACCAUCGAUGGGAUCAUCGCCUACCCUUUGAUGCCCGUGGUGUACCUGAUGGGCGUGCCGUGGUACGACUGCCGGGCCGUGGGGGAGAUCGUGGGACUGAAGACCUUCGUCAACGAGCUGGUCGGGUACCAGCGCUUGUCGGAGAUGGUGAAAGCGGGUGAGAUCCUAUCGAAGAGGUCUGAGAUUGUUGCAAUGUACGCCCUUUGUGGGUUCUCCAACCCCACGUCCGUAGGGGUCGCUCUAGGGGGACUGUCAGCCAUGGUCCCAGAAAAAAGAAUGGAGCUGGCAAAAAUUAUCUUGAUGACUUGGUUGGCGGGAUGUCUUGCUUGCUUCAUGACAGCCUCAUGGGCAGGUUUAUUGUAUGUCGAAGACUUGUCUACGUCUGUGAUGAACAAAACAGUCUCAACCCCGUGAUUGAUCAAGUGUGGGUAAAAUAAAUUCACAAGAGAAAAAAAACGUCAGAGGAAACAAGUCACAGAAAGAAAGAAGAAAAAAAACACAUCACAGUAAAAAAAAAUUACAGAAAGCAAGAAAAACGUCACAUUAAACAGAUUAAAGAGUAAAAAAA